CGUUUAGCUAAGCCGUCAUUAACAUAAUCCAUGUUUACAAACCGCUGGUUGGCUGGCUGGUAAACGCGUAAACGAGUUACCAUCUUCGACAAUCAAGGGGGACUCGAGACGUUUAACCCAGGAAAAUAAUUCUUUUGGACCAGUUUGCGUCUUGCCAGUAGAAAUAUUAACGAUGUUACAAGGCUGAGGAAGUUCAGGGAUAUUUUCUUCAGGAUUUUAAACGUCUUGUCGUGAGUAAAGAUAACAAUGUCUGAGCCUCGAUACACCAUCGAGCAGAUAGAACUCCUGCGACGUCUCGUCCGCACCGGACUAACCAAAGAUGAAAUCAUCCACGCUUGCGACACCAUGGCGAAGAUGGAUUCCGAGUUGGGACCCCUCCCAUCCAGAAUGGAUCAGCCCAUCGUCAGCUCUGCUGCCUCUCCACCAAUCAGCAGCUACCACGCCCCGCAGCAGCUGACAGUGACGAACAGGAACUCGUCAUUGGACACCACGAGCGGGUUGGGCCAGGAGCCGGCAUCUCCUGGGAACAGGACCUCCCUGGUGACCCUCCUCUCCAAUGCAGGACAUGGAUUCCAGGAGAACGGGGAUGGUAUUGAUGGAGUCAGAGGAGGCAGUGGUGAUGAAUUCCAUGUUACCAACGAGGAAGUGGAAGCUCUCUUUAGGAAAGGUCAUAUGAACGUGAAAGAAGAUAUCAAGGAGUUCCUGACCCGCAAUCGUCUCUCCCAGAAUCUCAUAUCCCAUUCUACCGGUAUCAGUCAAAGCUACAUCUCCCAGUUCCUUCUCCACGGUUACGUGAUGCGGAGGAGCACCCAGGCCAUCCUGUAUCGCUGGUAUCUUGCCAAAAGAAGAGAGCUUGAAGUCCUUGGUGUCAUUAACAGUACACCAGAACAAGACAACUCUGCUUCCUCCCCGCACAUCAGCCAGCAUCGAGUCCGCCCUCUGCAGCCUCGUUACGCUCCUUACCAGGCUCCGACCCAGUCCACGGGCAACAACUCCGCUGCGAAUGCGGGCAAGCGGAGGGAGAGGUUUGUCUGGAAGGACAACUGCCUGAAAGUCCUGGAGGCGUACUUCAAGAAGAACCCGUACCCCAACGACAUGGAACGUAUCAGAUUGUCGGAUGCGUGUAAUGCUAUGCAAGAAGCCUCAGGUAACGAUAUUCCUGAACACAGCAGAGUAAAUCCAAGCAAAGUUUACAAUUGGUUUGCAAAUAGAAGGAAAGAUGCUAACCGUAAAAAGAGAAUGGCUGGAGAAACGAUAAUAACAAGAAAUGUCUCUCACGAUGAUGACUCAAUGCCUGAAGUGGAUUAUAUCGAUGGCUCAAGUGCUGAUCUGACAAAUGAUGGUGACAUGACAGGUGAGCUUGAAGAUGAUCCCAACAAUGGCAGUAUGAUGGAUCACAUGGGGGGCGAUGACUCCCACCAGGAUCCCGCAGAGGUCGCGACCCAGCUGGUCGAGGUCAACAACUCCAUCAUGACCCUCAUGAAGGCCGUGGAGGAGAGGACGGACGACCCUCAGGUCAAGACUGAAGCCGAUACGUGAUGGUGUUUGAAGUAAAAAUUUGAGGCUGCUGCAUGUGAUUUUAAUAAGGAGCAAGUGUUUAAUGUGUUGGCACCUUCUUGGUGCAGUGUCAGAUUAGGUGUUGAGUUGUUAGUACCAUCUUUCAUAGCCCAGUGUCAGAGUGGGUGUUACCAUUGGUGUUACGAUUAGUAUUACCAUUGGUGUUAUUUUGAUAAUUCUUCUGGUGCUGCAAUUGAUGUUACCUUUGGUGUUACCAUUGGUGUUUCAAUUAGUGUAACCUUUAAUUGGUGUACUUAUUGAAGAUAUUGGUGUUUACCCUUUGUGUUGUCUUUGGUGUUACUUCUGAUGUUACAUGAACCUUUGAGGUGCUUGCACCAUCUUCGUGCAGUGUCGGCACAAGCGGUAAUGACCAUUGCUUUUGGCAUAAUUCUUGACCGCACUAGCACUGGUUGUACGAUUACAACACCUUUUGGACUGUCAACACUCAUCAAUCCUGAACACUUACUAUUCUUAUGUAAGAGAGUUUUUAACAAAUGAUAUUGCUGAAGUAUGUGAGUGACAAUAAUUUAAUAUUUAUUACUAUAAUCUGUGUAUGACUAUAAAGAGGUCAUACUAAAAAAAAAUCUAUUUAUUUGUAAAAUAAGAAGGUUAUUCUUGACAAUCAAACCCAAAACCAAUUAAUAUGCUGUUUUGGAUUAAUAUCCUCAGUGUAUUACCUUGCCUGGCAUAUAUCCAUGAAGGGCCCUACCGACUUGGUGUUAAGUACUAAUUGGGUUAAAUAUAUUCAUCAUUUUAAUGAUAAUUAUCAAAUGUCCCAUUCUGAAUUAUGGAGAUUUUGGUCGUCAACUGAAUCAGUUUCCCUGAAAGAAUGAUUGUCAGCAAACUGGCGCAGCUUAACAAAGUUUUUGAUAAAAAGAGUAUUAGAUAUCGAGAGAUAACUUAUGUUAAUUCAAUAGAAACAAUUGGAUAUCUUUGAAAUACAUUUGUGGGUGCUAGAUGCUAAAUAAAGAUUCAAUCAAUCACAGGCAGUUUUAUCAGAGAAAUAGCAAUACCAGGGAGUCAACAUUCCUACUACAUCUUCCUUUUCUUCAAUGAUAUACAUGCAG